UUUUUAUUUAUUUACUUUUUUUCAAUUGUACUUAGCUCUACCAGUAAGGUUUAGAGAGGUAUGGUGUGCAUAAUGUUUAAGAUUUAGGACUUGACUUAAAGUUUGGGAAAAUGUGUAGGUUAGGUAUAAAGUCUGUAUUUAUUUGUUUUAUGUGUCAGAUGUGACACAGCUGACAUCAACCCAUUUUUAGGGUGACAUGGUUACAUUAACAUUCAACGUGUGUUGUUUACGUGUGUAGUGAAAGUUAAAAAGAAAAGAUAAGAAGUAAGCUAUAAAGCCUUACAGGCAGAUUUAAAGAUAAACAUAAAUGCUUACUUAUUGAAUAGAAAUUUAAAUUUACAUGUUUGUGUCAUACAGCAAACAUGAUUCAGUACUUUUUUUUCAUAAAAUGUUUUCUUUCAGAGUUAGAAAUCAACCGUGUAUGCAGUUUUUACCAAUGCAAUUUAAGUGAACAUCUUUUUUGUCUUAUAAUGUAAAAAUAUUUUGUUUGUGUUGAAUUUCAAACAAUACAAUGCAGUGGGUCCAACAAAGCUACAAUGGCUGAGUCCCCAAAAUAUAAACACCACACAAAGGUUAGUUUAUGGUUUUUAACUGCUUGGCUGCCAUUAAUUAAUAGAAAUAACCACAUGGGAUGUAUCGCACUGUGUGCAAUGGAUCCUUAACGAGUUUUUAAAAAAAAUCAACUUUAAUAAUUUAUUGGAAUGGACGUGUAAUCAAGGUUGACCUUGAAGGAUGUUUUGAAACAAGAAAAACAGACAACCAAUCUCUAUUUAUCAUACUCAAAAAUAGCCAGUAGGUGUCGCACAAAGUUCAGGUGUAAGGAUGACAAUAGGCGUACGGAGCUUCAGCCACUUAACUCUUUAUGAAUAAUAUCCGCAUACGUUUUCAUCAAUCCAUUUUUUUUUCAUCUUAUCGUCGCUGUUUGAUCCGCUUAAUUUUAAGUGUUGUUUUUACUGGACUCCAACAACGACCAGCAAACGCUCGCUGCGGAUAUUCAGUAAACGUUGAAUGGACGUUUUCUGAACCUUCAGUAGAUGAUCGGAUGGAUAUUAAAAAAAUAUCAAAAACUGGGUUGGUACGCCUCAGCAGGAUAUCGGACGUCCCAUCAAUUUGUGGAUUUCUGAAGCCGUUAAAUCAGAGGACCGGGGCCUGACCUCUUCGCAGCAAUAAAAAAAAAAAAAAAAAAGCAGUAUAACCUGCUGCGAGCCGCUGUCAGAUCGACCGCUCCAUUUGCGCAACUGCACAUCCCUCCAAAUCAAAGACAGAAGGCUGCAGCAGAAACGAAAAGCUGCCGGAGCUGCCGCAUAGAAAGGUGGAGAAGAGUGCAGCGGACCCAGAGGGAUGCGUCUUCACGUGAAGCAACGAUAGGAGUAGAGGGGGGGGGGAAGCAGCGAGAAGACAGGGAUAUUUCUUUUGUUGUUGCUUGCAUCACUAGAAGCAGCAGACAAGGAGAUGAUGAUGGUGAUCAUGGUCGGAAGGGGAUGUUGCAAGCCCAGGUUAGGAAAGCGCGGAAACAGGACGGGGAUCUUUCCGUCCCUGUGCGGGAUCCUGGCGUGCGCCGCGGUGCUCGCGCUGCUCUUCCUGGACAUCAUUGAGACGUGGGUCACCUCGAUGGGCAUGAGCAGGGCGGUGGAGCCGCAUGUCGCCAUCGUCUCGCCCCAGAGCCUACCCCCCUCCAGACCUGAGGAGUUUCUGCUCAUGCCCAGCCCGCUUGUGUGCCAGCGCGCCAAGCCUUACCUCAUCACCAUAGUGACCUCAGCACCUGCCAAUCAGCGGGCUCGUCAGGCCAUCAGAGACACCUGGGGCGGACAGAUGGAGGUACGGGGCCUGCGGGUCAUGACCCUCUUCAUGGUGGGCGUGGCCUCUGACCCCGGCCUGGGAAAGCUGCUGAUAGAAGAAGCCAGGGAGAAAGGGGAUCUGAUUCAGGGCCGGUUCUUGGACUCCUACACCAACCUUACCCUGAAGACCCUGGCCAUGCUGGGCUGGGCCCGUAGGUUCUGCCCUCAAGCUCACUUCAUGGCCAAAGUGGAUGAUGACGUCUUCUUCAAUCCCAGCGUUCUUCUGCAUUUCCUAAACAAAAGCCAGAACCCUUACGAGCAAGGGGACUUGUACCUGGGUAGAGUCCAUCUCCAUGUGGCCCCAAACCGCGACCCAGACAGCAAGCACUACCUCCCAUCAGGGGCCUACCCGUUGUCUGUGUUCCCUGACUAUUGCAGUGGUACAGCCUACGUCUUUUCUCGCUCUGCAUUGCUCAAAGUUGCCCUUGCAGCAUCAGCAUCGCCUCUGUCCACUCCUUUACCCCCCGAGGAUGUGUUUGUCGGCCUCUGCGCCUACGCUGCUGGGGUGCGGCCCUCACAUUGCCCUCUCUUCGCCGGGGGUCCACCUGUGCCAUACGGACGCUGCUGCUAUCAAGCUAUGGUGUCCGUCCACCAAAUCACACCCAAGGAGAUGCUGGACUACUGGAAAGAUGUCCAUUCAUCCCCCACCUGCUCUUGGCUGAAUCAGCGAGCUUCUCUGGGGAUGUGCAAAGUCAGGGCGAUGCUGGGCUCAGCCCUGGGCCUGGAGAAAUGACCGUGACUGCUAUUAGGAGGUUAUAGGACUCACUGGCGCUCUGCCUCGCACAACUGUUCUACAAGCUGUGAAUCUACCUGCACUGAUAGCAUUUAGGCUAAUUGUCAUCAUUAGAGCUUUAUUUUUAUAAGAACGUCAAUUUAUUUAUUCAUUUUUCCCCCCCCCUCAGAAAACAGGAUAAUUUCAGGUUUUCUAAGUCUUUGUCUCACAGCAUCUAGCUUUGACAACAUGCAGCUGAGAAACAAAUUUAAGCAUGCUGCU